CAGAUUUGGCGGUGUUUAUGAUAGAUAGAGACGUUAGUGGUUCCAUAGAAGGUGAAGGUGUUACGGGUUAAAUCAGAAUAUCUGUCGGAUUAAAUGCUGCUGUAACGAUGAUCCAUGAACUACUGCUUGCUUUAAGCGGAUAUCCGGGAACUAUAAUUACAUGGAAUAAACGAAAUGGUUUACAGGUGUCCCAGGAUUUGCCCUUCCUCCAUCCAAGUGAAACCAGUGUCUUGAACCGGCUGUGUAAGAUGGGGACAGACUAUGUGCGGUUCACAGAGUUCAUAGAGCAACACACGGGACAUGUCCACCAACAAGAGCACCACUUGAGCCAGCCGAGCCAAAGUGGAUUACACGGGAUAUACCUGAGGGCUUUCUGCACUGGCCUGCACUCCAUGCUGCAGCCAUACAGACAAGCAUUGCUUGAUCUUGAACAAGAGUUUCUUGGUGAUCCACAUCUCUCUAUUUCCCAUGUAAACUACAAGCUGGAGCAGUUUCAGUUGCUGUUCCCCUCCGUAAUGGUUGUUGUGGAGACCAUCAAAUCUCAAAAGAUCCAUGGGUGUCAGAUUCUGGAGACUGUUUACAAGCACAGCUGUGGAGGACUGCCACCCGUUCGCAUGGCCUUGGAAAAGAUUCUUGCAGUGUGCCACGGAGUGAUGUAUAAGCAGCUGGCUGCAUGGAUGCUGCACGGCCUGCUCCUGGACCAAAGUGAGGAGUUCUUUGUGAGGCAGGGACCCAGCGCAGGAGGAGCUGCUGCAGCACAGGAAGAAGAGGAGGAGGACCUUGGCAUUGGAGGGCUCAGUGGGAAACAACUUCGAGAGCUGCAAGACUUGCGACUGAUCGAGGAGGAGAACAUGUUGGCUCCAUCCCUGCAGCAGUUCUCCCUGCGUGUCGAGAUGCUGCCCUCGUAUAUUCCUGUCCGAGUGGCUGAAAAAAUCCUCUUUGUCGGGGAAUCGGUGCAAAUGUUUGAAAACCACAACCAGAGUCCCUCCAGAGCUGGUUCCAUACUGAAACACCAAGAGGACACGUUUGCGACAGAGCUCCACCGACUCAAACAGCAGCCACUGUUCAGCCUGGUGGACUUCGAGAAUGUCAUCGAUGGAAUUCGCAGCACGGUUGCUGAGCAUCUUUGGACUUUGAUGGUGGAAGAAUCUGAUCUUUUGGGUCAGCUCAAGAUCAUAAAGGAUUUUUAUUUGCUGGGACGUGGUGAACUGUAUCAAGUCUUCAUUGAUCUUGCCCAGCAAAUGUUGAAGACCCCACCAUCAGCUGUGACAGAACACGAUGUGAAUGUGGCCUUCCAGCAAGCUGCACAUAAAGUUCUGCUUGAUGACGAUAACUUGUUACCCCUCUUGCACCUCACUAUUGACUAUCAAGGCAAAGACACCAAAGAGGCGUCUGGGACUAGGGAAGGCACCACACCUCCUCAGGAGACUUCUCCUCGAGAUCCUCCUUCUACAGGCUGGGCUGCGCUCGGACUGGCCUACAAAGUGCAAUGGCCCCUGCACAUCCUCUUCACUCCUGCUGUGUUGGAAAAGUAUAACGUAGUGUUUCGGUACCUGCUCAGCGUGCGCCGGGUGCAGUCGGAGCUGCAGCACUGCUGGGCCCUGCAGAUGCAGCGCAAACACUUAAAGUCUAACAAGACCGAGGCAGUCAAAUGGAGGCUGCGAAAUCACAUGGCGUUCCUUGUAGAUAACCUGCAGUAUUACCUACAGGUGGAUGUCUUGGAGUCACAGUUUUCACAGCUUCUGCAGCAGAUCAACUCGACACGUGACUUUGAAAGCAUUCGUCUGGCUCAUGACCAUUUCCUUAGUAAUCUCCUAGCGCAAUCCUUUAUCCUUCUCAAGCCAGUGUUUCAUUGUUUGAACGAGAUUUUGGAUCUCUGUCACAAUUUCUGCUUGCUGGUGAGUCAGAACCUGGGGCCACUGGACGAGAGGGGAGCAGCUCAGCUGGACAUUAUGGUGAAGGGUUUUAGUCGCCAGUCAUUCCUGCUCUUCAAGAUCCUUUCGAGUGUGCGUAACCACCAAAUCAAUUCAGACCUGGCUCAGCUACUGCUGCGUCUAGACUACAACAAAUACUACACCCAGUCAGGAGGCACGCUGGGAAGUUUUGGGCUCUGAGAUGGAACUGGAGGAUGCAGCGUCAGCGUAUAAUGUGUAAAUACACCCUGAGGUCAUAGUUCGAGACGUAAUACCAUUUUAUAUUUGCAUUCACACACACUGUCUACUUUCUGAUAUUUAUGUCGGCUUGUCUUUUUUGUGACAUUUCUCAAACUAAAUGCAUUAUCUUUGUAAAUACUGUUACCAGG